AUGGCUCAGUCGUUCGAGCUCGCCGACUCCACCGAUUGGUUGGAAACGCCACUUUCACUACUCGCGCCGUUCGAAUCCUCAUUACGAUGUCAAGUCUGCAAAGACUUCUUCGAUAACCCCGUUAUUACUUCCUGCAGCCAUACAUUCUGCUCGCUGUGUAUUCGCCGUUGCCUGAGCACAGAAGGCAAGUGCCCGGCGUGUCGAAGCUCUGACCAAGAGCUCAAACUACGCCGCAAUUGGGCAGUGCAGGAACUCGUCGACGCGUUUAGAUUGGCACGACCAGGUGUACUCGAUCUUGCGAGGAGGGAAAAUGCGCGCGUUCCCAGUGGAGAAGACAGCAUAGAGAAGCCGGCCCGUAAGAGGCGCAAGGUCAAUCAGGUAGAAGAGGAGCCACAGGUCCCAGAAACAAGUUCGCAAGGCCGACGGACUCGCUCUCAAAGAUCUACAAAUAGCUCGACAGACGACCGAACUGUUCCUCAGACUAUACCCGAAGUCAUUGAGGAUAGUCAGGACGAUGAAGAAUACAUGCCUGAAGAUGGGUUAGUCUCUUGCCCAAUAUGCUUUCGCAAGAUGAAGGAAGAGGCAGUGUUUCCCCACCUGAACGUACACCAGCAGGAAGAAGAAGCACCUAAGAAACCCCCUACAAAUCCAGCAUCUUUCGGGUCAUUGAAAGCCAUAUCCCAAAGAGGCCUCACCCUCUCCACCAAACAGCCCGAGCGGCUUCCGGCUAUAAACUACUCUAUAUUAAAGGAUAAUGCAUUGCGGAAGAAGCUCCGGGAUCUCGGAAUCCCGGACUGGGGGCAAAAGCAGCUGUUGCAGAGACGUCACACGGAGUGGAUGAACUUAUGGAAUGCAAAUUGUGAUUCCAAAAAUCCCAAGUCUAAGCGGAUAUUGCUCCAGGAACUGGACAUUUGGGAACGCACACAGGGUGGGCAUGCGGCAGCGCCGUCACCAUUCACCACUUCCAAUAAUGUGAUGCGCAAAGACUUCGAUGCCAAUGAGUGGUCAAACAACCACGAUGAUGAUUUCAAGCGUUUGAUCGCGAAUGCGCGUAAAAAGAGCGAGGUCCAAGCACGAUCGAAUAUUCCUGGAGAACCUUCGUCUUCGUCUGGGCAGAAGGAACCACAACCCCAGCAGAGUGGCGGAUUACUGGUGAAUGCUGCGGGCGUUGAGUUCAGCCCAGAUACCGAUGCCAAUCAUGUCAUUGAUCUAUCGGGGUGA